GAAGUUAAACACACGAAAAUAUAUUUCACAACAGAAAAAAAAUUAUUACCGAAUCAUGGAAUUGGAAAUGGUAGAAAGUUUAAAAAUCAUGCACAAUUGCGCCAAACUGCAUUUGGACCAGAUCGAUCCCAUAACCCGGACUUUGAAAUGCAGAAGUCUUGAGAUUUUUGAUGUCGACGAAGAUGUUAGUUUCUCUGAUGUCGAGGAAGAGGAGCAAAUGGAGCUGUCUGUCUACGAAGACGAACCAGACUCUCAAGAUCGAGCAUUAUUGGCUGUCCAUGAUAUAGACUGUCUGAUCCGACAGAUCGAGCUUAUGCAGUUGGCCAUUAGAAACAGGCAAGUUAAGGAAAGUAGCGAAAAAAUCAGCGAAGAACCGGUUGAACAAUCGUUUGAAAUAAAGACAAAGGCUCAAAUUCAGUGCUUGGAUCUGGAAAAUCUGGAAACAGCACUUGAAGUCAGGGUAAAUCCAACAACCAAGCAGCCCAAGUUUCCACCAUUGACCUGCGAUGAUUUACUGGAAGCAAGAAGCCUCGUCAAAGCGCAUAAUUGCAUUCAACAAGAAAUAGACCAUAUUGUCUGCAGAUACCAACAACUACGGAAAAUCAGUAGGCAAAUGCGCAGAAACCUUCACUGCAUGGGACUUGAAUUAAAAGACUUAAGCUCCAAAGUGCAAGGACACCUCGAGUGGAUCCGAGAAGUUGGCAAAGAGUUGAAUGUUUGUAAGGAGAGGUACGACUAUCUGAUGAAGGCCAAGGUGUCCAAACUGGAGGCCAGGAAAACCUGUAAGGUUCAUGCCGAAAGAUUGACCAGAUUCAAUGCAGCCUAUCUGACCAAAAGUAAACUGCGUCGGGAAAUCAUUGAGUUCAGCGAGGAGGUCAACGAUCUAGUGCUCCUCAUGGGUGAACUGCACCAAGAACUGCAUCGAAGCAUGGCUCUUUUCGAAACUCAACGCACCAACGAGCAGGAAAAUCCAACCGAAUUCCUGAUUUCCACAGCCGUGGCAGGCAGUCUGUCCGAUAUGUUCCGUGAAUCAGCCGAAAAGCUUAAGCCCUCCGAUAAAAUCCAAAAAUAAUGCAAAAGUUGAUUAGGAAAUAUUGGUGGAGAAAAUAAAUAAAUCACGUCCAUUGGUA